GAGUUCAGAGUCCAAGUCAAAAAGAUAAGCAUUAAAUUUAUAUUCCAAGGAAACACACUAAAUUUCAGUCCGUUUGUCACAAAGUCGUGGCUGAAGUUUCCUUAUACGGAAUUAUUUCAAGAAAGAAGCGAUACAAACCAUGACAUCGCUUCUGUAAAACAAGAAUCAUUUUAUUCUUAAAACUGUGGAUCUGUUGUACCGACGUUUGUCUCUCUUGAGUCUUGCAAGGAGCUAUCGAUGGGAAUCAAGAAACCGGAAAGAAGCAAUUAUUUCGUUCUGAAAAUGUCUACAUUUUACUGGCAGGUAAGUUUUAUAAAACUCCAGUGUUGAAGAAUUAAUCAAUAGAAGUUUGUGUAAUAAUUAAAUUAGUUUUCUCAAACGAUAGCAGAAGAAAUAAUUCUGAACUUAAGACAUGGGCACGGAAACUUCUCCGAGUCUCUCUGUAUUGUUCACCCGGCCGACUCAAAUCUCUCGCAACUGUAAAUGUUCUUUUUUUCUCUCUCUUUUUCUUAAAGACGAUGUAAAAUUAAGAGCAUAAGAGAUCAUAAGAUAACUGACAGGUUUGUUCUGUAAGAGUUGUUUUAUUUACUCUGCCAUAGUUUGAGAAGUUUAAAUGUAAACUAUAUCACGUAAUACUGCACACCACAUAGUGCAACAUUGUGCCAAUAAUGGAAACAAAAACUUUUGGCCCUUGCACAGCUACGGUGCAAUAUUGGAGCAGUGUUGUUCCAACGCAACUCGCGAUAAGGAUCCACCUGGUCAUGGUUCGGCAGAAGGGGAAAGCCCCUUGAAACGACUAAGUUUAUGUUUGUUUAUUUUCGUAUGUAAAAAGGUAUUUUGUUGUCCAUACUGCGUAAGCGACUACUGCGUCCAUUUUUAGGACUUUUGUAAUUUUCUAUAGCUGAUUUCUAUGUUUGUGGCAUGUACAAUACGCACUACACUGAUCAGAUAAUACACAACGUUUCGUAACAACGUGAAUCUAAAUUAUCUUCCAAAAAGCAGUUGUGUCCAGGUUCUUCUUGGAAGAGGUCCCCUUUGGUUCGAUUCUCGUGAGCGAACACAACCCAUAAACAACCCGUAAACGAUGUAAUGGCUGCGGGUAUAACAAGGAGUAAUCAGAUAGAACUUUCACGAUAUAGGGCCAGAUGGCGGGAAUGCGGGCCAUUAAAACAGGUUAUAAACCUGUUCCAAAGAAACAUGUUAAGUUUAUUUUUCCUCUUAAGGAAAGGAAAAGUGCCGUGCCUUUGUUCCCUUAUUCGCCUUGCUUUCGUUCCUCAAUGAAAUCGUUCAAAAAAUUGAAUCUUGACUGGCUUUUUCACCACGUUUACAGUGUAAAUACAGCGCUGGACCAUGUUGUUGUUGUUGUUGUUGUUUUUUUUUCCAUUUGUAACUAAGAAGAUGUUAUUUGUUUUGAAAACUGUCACAGGGCUUCCUUCCUCCUUAUUUUAAUUAGUCGAUCAAGACACUUCUCGGCUUUUUGAAAUAAGACUGAUCGUUUGAAAUGUUAUUUUUUUAUUGUCUUUUCGCUUGGUUGCUAUUUGUAUGUAAAUAUUAGACUUGCUACAAGUCGACCUCACGAGGACUUUUUUGAAAGUCUAUGCAAAUAUCUGCAACAAAAAUUUUAUGCCAUUUAUUCUUGAGAUAACUUAAUCUUCUUUAUCAAAAUAUUUAACUAAGUUACGUGGAAUAUUUUACUGAUUAAAUGUUAAAUGUCUAGCUAAAUGCCCCCACACGCUGUGCUAGGAUAACCACUGCAAAGAUGUCUUGUACAGCUAAGAUAAAUGAAGAAAGCAAAAUUUAACUCUGAUUAGCGGGAGCUUGUGCGUCAGUGAAACGGCAACUUCCAAUAUUUCUUCCAUCAAGGGUUUAAGAACAGAAAUCGUUUGUCAGGGCCUUUUAAGGAACUAUUCAUAAGGUUCAGAAUAGUUUGAAUUUUUUGCAACUCUCUAGGCCAAAUAUUUCAACGGCAGAAAUUUAAGAGAGGGAUCUUAUCUUCCGAAGCUAAUACUUGCUUUAUUUUUUCCUUUCCAAAAAUCCUUGUUAAUGCGUAUCUCGUAUCCCAAACACAACAAGUUAAACAACAAGUUGCCGAUAUGCCGAGAGUUGAAGCGAUCUAUUAUUGCAGAAAACCUCAGUAUCUAAUCUAAUAAAUUACGAAUUCAUAUACAAUCAAAGUCUUUUAAACAAAUGCUGUUCGCUCAUAUGGAUUUGUUAGCCACGCCAGGAAUGAAAAACACUCGAUUUUACUAACCAAUGUUUUGACUUGUUUUUCCUUUUCUGUGCGCUAACACCUAGGAAUUUCACAUACAAAGUCGCUAGUUAAUUAGCAAACAGCUGGAUUCAAAUGAACACAACAGCGUCAAAGUGUUUGAUACCGCAGGUGUAAAAGGCCCUCGGGAAAUAGAAUAACGCUCAAGAGGUUUGAAUUGAAUACCUCCCAAAUCUUUUUUGUAAUUCUUCCAUUGUGUGUUUAUCCAUCUGCACGUGAUUGUUAUUAUUUCUAAAGCGUCAGAAAGUUUUCAAAAAGAACAAUGUUAAGUUCAUUUUGAGUUUUUUUUUCUAUUCUAAUUUUGCCGGACCAAUUUUCCUCUGCCAAAGAAUAUAACAUAGGCUCUACCUAUCAGGAUUUUGUUUGAGAGUAACGUCGUGUUCCAGCGUUUUACGUAAGCACUGUUGUCAAAUAAUUAAGCUUAAUUUAAAUGUUAUACCCACGUUACCGGAUAAUCAAUCAAUCAGUCAAUUAAACAAUUGAAAACCUUUCGAAACGCGUGUUUCUGGUGAAAAGCUCUUCAACUUUUGAAUUUGUUUUAAACCGAAUGCAGACAUUGCAAUUGGUCAACUUAAUACUCUUUGGCCUACGGCAUUUAGAAUGGUUAUAUGGAGACUUUUUAAAAAUUAAAACAGUCCCAAAUUCAAACUAGUACGCAUUUGUUUACAAGUUUGGAGACCUAAGUUUCUGUCUGGCUUUCUAUUCUCCCCAAAAGAAACGUUGACUUUCAAACACCUCGACUCUUAGCUUUUUAUUUUUUUACUGUAACAUACAUCAAUUUCCCUUCUGGGUGUUAAGCAGUUUCAUAAAAAUAACAAAAACAUUGCCAACAAAAACAUUUGUUACACGUCUAUUAAACAUGACGCGCGCCAUAAUUUUCCCGCGCUUCUUUGAUCGGUCGCGUGGCCACGAGAACCACCUGCGUGACACAUGCCGCGCACAUGGCGAGCUAAGUUUUGGUGCGAAUUGGAAACAUCAACUGAUUUGUUUCGUAUCGCUUCUUAUUGAAUUCAACACUUUCAAAGACUUCAUUCAAUUCAGCGCUAUAGCUAAUUUGUUGAACAAAUAUUCGCUCUUUGUAAUGGAUACAAGGUAUUUUAAGUUUAUGACGCUUGCUUUUUAAUUAUCAGCAAUGUUUUCUGCUGUAUAAUACCUUGUUCGCAGCUAUCAAAUUACGACCCAAGCCAGGCGAAUGGCGGGAUUGUUUGGAGAAUAUAGUAAUGCCCUUUUUAUCUAACGUUAGAAACUUGAGCAUGGAAAUCAUAUUAUGGCUACAGGAAGUAACUCAAAAGUGUUUUCAUUCCUUACAUUUUAAACAUGAUUCAGUUUAUUAGGAGCACCGCAAAAACUGAGAAAAGCUUCUUACAACGGAUAUCAAGAAACGCUCUGUAUUUCUGAAACUGUGAAAAGAAACGUCGAAAAAAAAUCUAAGGAUUGAUUGCUUACUGGAAAGUUGUGUCCAAACACUAAAACCACAGAAUUUGUAAUCCACUUUGCUGUUCUUAAAUUAGUCUUUUGCAAACAUAAUACUUGGUUAAGUAUAAUUGUUACUAUGAACUAUUAAACAAUCGGCCCUUCCUUGGUUUUGAUAACCUCACCUGCAUGCAACCUUUGAGAGUGUCGACAAGCAAAGAAAACCAAGAAGUCAACACAACAGGGCCGAGAAAAAUAUUAAUAAAAGAUCAGAAACAAAAGAAAGAUUUAUUGCAUGCACGUUCAGUUAAUUAACCCGCCUAACCCAACGGUUAUGACUCAUCGCGAAAAAACUAUCACAUUGUGUUUUCACCCACAAAAAUGAAGAAAUUUAGGAUUAAUUGUCGUGUAUUUCCUUGGGUCAAAAUCUCGAAAUACCACAAAUAUGUAGCAUGGCAUAGGCUCCUGAACAUGGUCAACAUUCACGAAGUGCUUCAUAAACAAACUGCUGAGCAAAGUGAGAAGUGUUGUGGGCUUUUCCUUAGAUUUUAUUUAAAGAAUUUAUUUCCAUCGCAGACCCUAUUUUUUCUUUUUUUUCAUUCAUUUUCCUAUCUUAGCCUUUUAACAGAGUCUUUUAUCUGUUCGUUAGACAGCUUCGGCGAAGUGCUUUCUGAUAAAAUUGGCAUUUUAUCUCAGUUUUUGUUCCCAGAGGUCAACAUUCCCCCGUGAUUUAGAACAUAAAUAAAACCGAUAUCACUAGAUUAUUGAGACUAGGUUUAGCGGCUGGCAUGUUGAUAUCUAGACAGAAUAAAUCCUUGUAUCAACCUCUGUCGUCAUAUGCUAUCCAAUACUUCAUCUCUCAGGUUACGUUUUGCCGCCAAAACUUGGAUUUGUAUCAGUUGUCAUGAAUGUUAAAACACCUGUUAAAAGCCUGUAGCAGAGAUAUUGUAUCUGUGGGCCAUCUCUAGCGCGCUUGAAAGAUAUAUAAAACGGUUCCAUGCCACUAUGCAAGACAUGUAAAGAAAAGGAGAAAUUGGAAAAAUAACUAAGAUGCUUCGCUUUUUAGUAAAUUCUAGUCAGAAUGCAUAGUUUAGUCUUGAAUUUUUUGUUCCCGUAAAGUGAAAAACAAUUGAACACUCCAUCCAGGCUCUUACUUCAAACGCGGACUGGUGAUCUCUUUUGUUCAAUCUACUGUAGGGCGGCAGAGAAAGGGGUUUUAUUCCCUGGCAGCCGUUAUCUUGCUGAUCCUAAAACCAUAAAUAAAUGUCUGAAAGGCUUUUUAAAACUUUCCAUAUUGGACCCGGAGUGGGCGUGGCGUUUGAUCAAGAUUAACCGGCGUAGCGACGAACCGGGUAAGAAACGCAGUGGGGAAAGCUGUAAGCUUUUCAAGUGUGACCCUAACUCAAUUCUUUCCGAAACGCUUUUCAGAGUGGCUAUUUUUGAAAUUCGUCGUUUUCCUGUUGUCGUGUGGACGUAUAAGAACGGAAACUUUCAAAAAUGAUGUUUGCGUGAGCAGGAGUCGCUCCUGGCGUGAGGUAUUAAAAAAACUGUUUGACUUCUCUGCGCAUUGAACGUCUUGCAUAUCUCUUAAAGAAAACAAUUCCUCUUUCAGGGCAACUGUUCAAGGCAACCUGUGAAAGCAGACGCCCUUUCGACUCUUACGCUUUACUUGUACCCGCGCCGAGAAAAGAGCGUCUGUUAUUUUGAAAUUCAAAAAUCGCUCGAAGUUAAAAGACCGGACAGAAGUAAUACAUAGGAAGUUGUGGUUUAAAGCAUUAUGUGUAAGUGCUUAGUGAGAGAGGUACGAAUUUAAAACAAUUCAAAACCAAUCCGUAUAAAACAUGUCCAUUUUCAACCUUUGGACAGGCUAAAACGAUUGAAAACGAUAGGUGUGGACGCCAAUUUUUGACUGAGUAGACGGGAAGGGGACGUGACCUUUGCCCAGCUGGCUUGGAUUACUAUUACAAAUAGGUGUAUUGAGAGCCCGAAGGGGAUUGAGAGGCGUUGGGCUAGCAGGAAAAGUUAGGAUUUUUGGUUGUUAGGGCAGAAUAGGGUUAUUCAAGAGUUAUUCACUUUCGAGUGGAAAUUGUGUGGCACCCCUGGGGGGGAGGGGGGUUGGGGAGAAUACUUUCUAAACGGGGAGGCUCCGCCCGAAAGGGGUAUCUUUUUCAGGCUUCAUAAGGUAUACGAAAGGGUAGGGAUUUCACUAGUUCUUGAUGAAAGGGUAGGAAAAUCUUUCAUUUCGGUCAUAAAAAGGCCAAAAGGACUAACAGAUACAUUUUAUGGCUGUGAAAAAGUCGAGAAAACGUUCUGGCUUUGUGAUAUAUUAAUAUUUCAAAGACAGUGGAUUUACAGCUGUUAAAAGGGAUGCCAAGUUCUAAACUAGGUACCGGUAUGUGAAAACGCUACCUUUUGUCAAUAGAAGGUAUAGGAAAGGGAUGACCUUUUCUGUCAAAAAUGGUAUAUAAAACGGUAAGGGGUUGUCGGAGCCUCCCCUCGUACAAAACUUUCUUGAGUAGCAUCCCCCGGGGGUGUGGCAAAAGCAGCCACUCUACCAAAGAUACAGAAUGUCCCCCCGUCCUCCUGUCAAGUUGUUCCGUGCUAAAAUGAAGAAAUCGAGGAAGCCAAGGUCACUUUUACUAGAACUAUAUUUUACAAAUUCACGGAUGACUCCGCUUGAAUUACGUUUCGCUCAAUGGCGCUGUGACCUCUAUCACGUACACUGUGAUGAUGAAAGAGUUCAUGGAGUGAUAAUAUGAUAAAUAACAAGAGAGACAAAGCAGAUUCUUCGCUUGUACAAAGGGCGCGCGCUUCAGGAAGGCCGUGGGUGUAAGGGUGCGGCUAACUACAAAAUAACAAGAUUGAGAUUCAUUGUUUGCUGAAAAGAAUAUAAAAAAAGCCAUAGAUUUCGCACUGACUGAAAAAAAAUAUGGACUUGAACGAAUUUGCCUUUCUCUUUUCUGUCACGAUUAGAUUACGUGACGACAUGUCGAUAUACUGAUUACAAUUGUUGCUCUUGGAAUUGGACCCGAAAUAGUUUGUUUUUUUGUUGAUGGUAAUAAUGUGAUAUUUGCUUUACAGAUUAACCUAAGAAAAAUUCCUUUGUAUCUCUAUCAUUUUAAUCGCGAAAAAAUAUUAAUUUAACCCAGAUUGACUGAAUUUUGCAAUCGCCCUAUCGAACGUAAAUCCUGUCGGAUUUAAAUGUCCAUCACCACAUUGUCAUAUGACGAGGGCCUGGCCAGGGGAAUCGUGGGGUGCUCUACUACGAAUCUGCCUGGCACGACAACCAUUCUUGGCACGUGACGAAUUUACAGCGCAUGAAAAAUCACGAAAAGCCAAUAAUUUUUGGCUGAUUCGGUUGAUUUAGGCUGCACAGUUUUAUAUUAAUCAGCUAUUUGCUGUGAAAGACAUGCAUCGUGAAGCAUCAAACAAAAUUCUAUGAAUUCUUGGUUACAUGGUAGGGUGACCUUUAGAACUUUCCAUUGCACGUGUAACUUUAAAGGGCGUGAAAACAUGAACCGCCUGGCAGGAUCUAAAAUUUUCACAACUUUGUAGAAAGAAUGGAAAGUUUCGUCACAUUAAUUAACUGCAAUUGAAUAGGGCUCUUUGCCCAUCUGUGAUGAUUUUUCGCAACCUUUAACCCAAGCUCUACUUCUGUUCCUCUGUAAACGAAAUCAUCUAUUCAUAAACAUCAUAAAAUUUAAAAAAAUAAUAACAAUAAUAUGAAAUAAAAUAAAAAGUUUUCCUCAUUGAAGUCUGUUUACCAUAACGUCAAGAGAAAAGCAUUCGCAGAUAUGUGACAAUAUCUUAAGAGGCAACUUAAAAAAAAAGUAAAAAGUAAAACGUAAAUUUAGCUGGUGCUUACUGCGGUUGUGACAUUACACAUGUAAAAUAGGAUUUAUUUUUAGACAAUUUCGUGACACAGGUUUUAGGGAAUAAAUAGAACACGCCCGAGUGAACUUUGCACGUCACCCUCGCUCUAUGAUUCUACUUUUCCAGUCCGGGAGUAAACAAAAUUGCUUGCGAAAUCCGAGACUGAAUUAAGGAAUCAGGCAUUACAAUUCGUUGGUGUACUCCAUACUUAUAGAUGAAACUUGCGUGUCGCUAACAUCGAACGUAAGGAGGUCGUGCGGUCGAUUGUAAUGUAACAUUGUAUCGAGUUUGGAGAAAUUUGACCACCCGCGAAAGAUCCGCGAUUGCUCCUGUCAGUUUUCGACAUUCAUUUUGAUGCCAAUAUUUCCCAAAACAUUGAAUUUUUAAAUUAAUAUAUGCACGUUUUGUUGUCAGUCGAAUCGUGAACGGAAGAAUUUGGAACAGAUUACAAUAGAGUAAACGGAACUUUGUACCGGGGACACAUUGCGAGUUGUUACUCAUCUGAAAGUUCAAGCCACGUCAUUAUCUUUUUAUUGUGUUGUUGCCCGUGUUUGCACUAAUGUCUAGGCCCUCCCAUAGAAAAAUAGUAUAUUUAAGUAUAAAUGAGAAAUUAAGAUUUCUCCCCACUAAAAGUUGCUCAAUCAACAAUCAAAAUAAUCUUUGAGUGGUAUACGAGCUAGAAUUUUGUGGCCGCUAUUUGAUGAGUUUAGUAUUCAAUGUCGGUGCGUUACUGUUUUGCGUAAUUGCUUUUAAAAUCAAUGCGAUUUAGAGUAUGACUAAUUUACUCGAUCCUCUACCCUAUCAAUAUAAGUAAUGCCUGUCAUGACAGAUAAAACCCCCGGGAGAUAAAAUCGAAAACAAACGCCAGUUCGAAAAAAGUUUGGGAGAAACCUCAUAUGACUGGCUGGAUUGAAUCCCGCACACGCCGAACUCUCCACGCUUUUAUAUUGAGUUGUCAGACGGGAAUUUUAUUCUUUGUUUGUUACAUGGCACUUUUGAGAUGCAAAAGACGUUUUGCUAUUGUGUAGUACAAUCUGCCUUCCCCAGCACCUCCCUAGCGCGGUAUUUUCAUUGCCUUGGUCUCACACCCUUACCAUUGACUGUCUUUGGAACAGGGCACGUGAUUGGUUCGUGAAGAAAAGCUACUCUGCUAUUGGCUAAAUCUUGACAAUACCGUCAAUUUAUAAACUUGAAACGUGCUAAUAACGCGUGGUGCUCAACCAAACUAAAGGUCAUUGUUGGGCUUGGCCUUAGUUCGCUAUAGAAAGGCGUUGUAUUCGAUCGAAGGUUGAUCAUUGAGCAUUAGUUUCUUGAUUUUCUAGCGCAAAGAUGGCGACAGAAGUCGAAACACCGCCGACUGUCGAUGCAGUUGCAGAUCAGGCUGAAACGAAACCCGAAGAGGUUGCCAAACCCGAAGAAAAUCAUGUCGAGGAGAAGCAAGAUGAUCAAGCAGCCGCUGAUGAAAACAAGCCAACAGAGAACGAAGCGGACGCUGUCGCUGAAGCGGGUGAAAGCGAAACGAAAGAGGAUAGCAGUCCCCCUCCGCCUCCAAAAGUUAUAAUUUAUCAACAUCCACCUUGGAAUUUCAUCCCUUCUCCUCUUCCCGCUUGCAUUAAGAUUGAAACCUAUUGCCGACUGAUGAAGAUCCCUUACGAAAACGUCUACAAAUCAGGGACGGACCAGAAGUUGCCUUACCUCGAGUAUAAAGGCGAGACAAAGAAACACGAUCUUUUAGGCUUCCUUAACUCCAAGUUUGAAGUUAACGCCGAUGCUAACCUAAAUGAAAAGGACAAAGCUUGUGCGCGAGCUUUCCAGAUCAUGGCUGAGGAGAACACGUUCUGGAGUUUGAUGUACUAUCGCUGGGUGGAUAACUUCUCCGAAACUAAGAAGUAUUUCAAGGGUUUGGAUGUCGUGAGAAAGAAUGUGCGUCCGAAGCUAGAUCAAGGCAAAUGUGUCAAGUGUCUAGAAGCACACGAAAUUGGCAAACACAACAAGGAAGAAAUUUACGCAAUUGGCGAGAAAGAUCUACGUGCAUAUUCUGCGUUCUUAGAUGAUAAAGAGUUCUUCAUGGGAGCAGAGCCCACGACUAUCGAUUGCACGAUGUUUGGCCUCUUGUCAUGCUUGCUGCACACGGCAGAAAAUUCGCCCCUGGCCAAAGUGAUCCGCGAGGAGUUGAAAAAUCUCGUGGACUUUUGUGAUCGCAUGAAGCUUAACUACUGGCUCGACUGGAAUGACCUCGGUUCCGAGGAACAAGUGGAGGAGACGCGACCAAAGUCGAGGCUAAGCGUUAAAAAGAAGAAGCGCACAAAGUCAACUGAGCCGUCUGGAGAAGCGAAAGAAACCGAGGGCGAAGCGAAAGAAAACGGUGAGCCGAGUGGUGAAGCGAAAGAAGGGGAGGGUGAAGCGACCGGUGAAGCCAAAGAAGCAGAGGGUGAGGCGAAAGAAGAGGAAGCGAGCGGCGAAGCGAAAAAGGAAGAGGAGCCGAAAGAGGAAGCCGCUGGGGAGAGUGCAGAGGCAGCACCUGAGUCAAAGGAACAAGCAGAAGAAGAGAAGAAAGAGGAAGAAGCAGCCCCAGUGGUAAAUGGCGAUGCAGAGUAGGUUCCAGCUUCCAAAGAACCUCCGGACUGAACUGUAAGCUUUUUCAAAUUCGUUUUAUGUGAACUUUUGAGCAAACAAACGCUUCUAUAACUUAGCCGGAUACCAAUGAAUUACUUUAGACGUUCAAUUCAGGGACAUCGGUUCCUUUUCUGUAAUUAUUAUUUUUCUUGCUCAUUUUGGCAAGAUGUGCAACGGUCGGCUUUCUGGCUUGAACGCUGUUUAGUUCGUUUGCUUUGUUAACAUGGCCUACGUCGCAAGGUUUUUCUGAGGCAAUGGACGUGCGUGUUCAACUCGCGAUCAGUGAUUGAAAAUUUAUAUCUUUACACUUAGAUAUUAUUCACUCUCAUUCCAUUUGAUUGUUUAUGCCCUCUGUCCGUUAAAAUGAAAUAGAAACGUAUUCAUUUAGUUCUCUUAGUAGCCCCGUGGGGAAUGGAAUUCGUUCGAAAACUUGAAAUCGGUGUAAUUUUUUGGAAGGUGUGUCGCUUUCCAAAUUUUAGGUGGGGCUGCGUGUCGUUGUGCUGUGUUUUCGAAUUAAGUAGUAGCGAUCGUUCUGCACUCUGUUACAUCACCACAAAGACAUUAAUUUUUUAUCAUAAUCUUUUGAUUGUUAUGAAAAACUCGAAAGUGUAAUAAUACUUGUAAAGUAUUGAGGGAAUACCGGUAGGUUAGAAGCCGUGCUUUGGAUCACACUUGGCAUGCAAAGUAGAAAUCGCGUUACGUUGAGGCGUAGGAGAGUAGUGGAUAAUAAUGAAGCAGUGAUAUUUAUAUUAGUGAAAUACGCUUCAGACGUUCGUUAGAAUAAUAGUUUCAUGUCAAUAGGAAAAACCUCUAUAUUCAUUCGGUUUACUCGAGGAAUUCGAAUGUUUUCUGUCAAUGACGAAACUCUAUAUCGCGUCUUCUCCUUAAAAUUUACACCCCAGUCAGUAAAUAUUUACUAAAGAAGUUUUAAUCUAGUUCAAAUUUUGCUAAAUCAGAACGAGAUUAGAAAAAAACUGAUUUCUUAUGCAAUUUCAAUUUACUUGCUUCGUUUGUUGUCUGUAAACUGUGAAAAAUUGCUAAGUUGAAACGCUUUUCUAACUUAGUCGGAAUAUUUAGAAUAAAUUUUUCCGUGAGUUUGCUGUUCUUCGAUUUCAAAUAACGUUUUACUUGGUUUUACAGUGCUUUAUGGUUAGGAAAACGCUGGUAAGAGCAACAAAGUUAUUUUUUGCCAAUUUUUGACUGAAAACACACAAGAGAACAUUGAAUUUUGGAGUGGAAUAUUUUUGGUGUCAUGCAUAAAGCUUUGAUUGUCCUACUUGCAUACAGUCUCUUGUUCAACGUAGAAGUUAAGCUAAAGCUUUAUAUAUUACACCAGAUAAGAAGCGCAGGUACGAAUUAAGGAGUAUAAUUUAUAUGUUUAGAUAUAGGCAAAAUAGAAUUGUUUCGAGGUGUAGCUGUUAAAAAAAUUUUGUUGUAUACAGGCUGAUGUGCCUGUAUUGGCGACUGAGAUGGCUUUGCAUGGCUGCUUAUUUCUCAAUUAGAGGAUGGACAAAGUUUCAUUUUUCACUUUUUUUUACUUUAUGAGUUGCCUUCGAUGAGAAUUCAGCAGUGUGCAUGCAUCCCUUAGUAGUAAAUUAUCUAUAUAAGGAGUGUGAUGGGGUAGCUAGCCCAGAUCAUAGAUUUAUUUUAUUAUUUUGUAUUGUUGAUCACUAAGUGAAACCAUUUAUUCAAAGUUAAAGUUAAAUAUUGUGAAAUUAUUUGCAUAAAAUUGCUGCAUUUCCAAAUUACAUAGCAUUUUAACGAUAUUGGUUCUUUGUUUUUGGACGUGUGAGUCACUGCAUGCUAAAUGUGGCUACCAUAUUUUGUUAGGGGAGUGGAUUCUAGAAAAUGUUUUCAAAACACCGGUUGUCAUUAAUUUGCUAUGAGAUCUGGAAGUGGUAGCAAAGUAUUUUCCUUUAGAAAACUGUUAAUUGUGCGUGUUGUAUACGGAAAUAGGAUAGUGGCUUACAAGGAUCAGUGACGGUUAUAAUGGAUGGAAUUGGACUGUGAUAGCAUAUACAUAGAUCAUUUGGAAGACUUUUUUUGUGUAAAAUGUAUCGUUAAAUUAUGUCUAAAAGAUGAUAUUAAAACUGAGCAAUCACUAAUGGAUUUGUUUUCUUUGAACUUAUUAUUGUGGGUUGAAAAAUUAGUUUCCAAGGAUCUUAAUGGGAAGAAAUGUCAUGAAUGUCUUGUUGCCAAGCCAAAUGAGGGACUAAUUGGCAAGUGAUACGAAGCCAGAAAACUUUGUUUCUACUAUAUGUGGUAGUCUGAUUGUUGCAAUAACAUGACAAUUCUCGCAGAAUACGCUUUCUUAAAAUUUGAGGUGUAUAGCGACUUGUGUAUUUUUAUUUGCUUGCAGGAAUGAGCAUAGGGAGAGAGAUCCGUAACUCCACAUUAUAGUUAAAUGACUUAUUAUUAUUUUAUUUGUGCAGCUGAGUGGACAAGAAAAUUCACAGGAAAGCAUAUUGAUGAGACAUGACAAUUAACUUGGCAAUUUGCCAAUUCCUUGGGACUGUGUUCACUCCUUUUAAAUUUUUUCAUGUGUUUCUGUGUGGGUGUGUGUGUGACAAAUGCAGUUAAUCCAUCCACUUUCCUUUUAGGCAAUCUUGUUUUGCUUAAUGGAUAUUCUGGGAUGGGAAAGUUAAAAGCCAUGAUUAUAUAAGCAACGUGCACAGCUGCAGUUAAGUGCUAAUUAUUAACACUAAUCAUUGGCAUCUUUUGUCAUUACUUGCUAUUGACGAGUUACUGCAUCUGUGUAUGUUGCCAGUUCUUACAGUUGUGCUAGCUGUACACAAGACGUAACUGCCAACGAUUUGCUGUCAGAUGUGUGGAAGAUAGGUAAUGAAGGGUUGUCAAGGGUACGGCUGCAGUGUCAUCCUAACGUAUAAACAAAGUGCUAAUGGAUUUGCCACUUCUGAAGUGAGAAGGAAACUGGAGCCCAAAUGCACCCCACAAUUUUUUCAGGGGUCCUUACUGGAGAUGCGGCGAUCAGCUGCUGGUCAAUUUUCUUCCCUGUCUGCAAUAACGGUCCCAGAAGUCUUCGUGAAAGUUUACUCAGUCCAGUUUCCUUUUUCUUUCUAAAGUGGUCAAUGAUGAAAUGUCUGUGUCACAAUGGCGAUCCAUCAUCCAAUCGGCCGGUUCCACACAGUUAUUUUUAGUAGACACAUUACUGUUGGUGAAUGUGUAGUCUGCUACACAGCCGUUUUUAGUGU